AAACAGCAUAUAAAAGAUUUCAUCUCGGAAGCUAAGAUAAUGAUGUAUUUGGGUCAGCAUUUGAAUGUUGUGAAUUUACUUGGAGUUGUUACCAAGGAUUUUGAAAACAGUGGAAUAAUGAUUAUAGUUGAAUACUGUGAGGGCGGUAGUAUUGAAGAUUUUUUGGAAAAAAAUCGUAUAUGGUUCCACGAUGAAAAUAAUCACGAAACAGUGUCAAUUAGAUCAACUACACAAACAGAAAAUGAACAAUACUCAGAAGAUAAUCAAAGUGACGAUGAACCGGAAUCAGAAUUGGAAGGAGAUGAACAAUUAUCCAAUGAUUUUUCAUCCACUGGAUCCCAAUUCGAUGAUCCCUCCUAUGAAAAAAGAGGUGUGUCAUUUACAAGGACCGAUUUACUUUGCUGGGCAUUCCAAGUGGCACGUGCAAUGCAUUUUUUGACAUCUCGAAAUGUUCUACACAGAGAUUUGGCUGCCAGAAAUAUUUUGCUGUGCACCAAUAAUGUUGUCAAAAUUUGUGACUUCGGUCUGGCACGAAGUUUGAGAGAUAGAAAUACAAAAAAAUACUACAAAAAAGGACAGGAGUCAGUUCCAUUUGGGUAUUUAGCUCCCGAGUCUCUAAGUAGUAAACAGAAAUACAGUGCUUAUACUGAUGUUUGGUCAUUUGGCAUCGUUCUAUGGGAAUUUUUUUCACUCGGAGUAGUACCAUAUUUUCAAGAAAACAUUGGCUUUACUGAAAUAGAAAAUUAUCUACAAAAUGGCAACCGAUUGAAAAAACCACAUCAUGCCCCACAGUUUAUAUACGAUAUUAUGACAUCAUGUUGGAACGCCGUCCCCGAAUCACGCCCAUUGUUUGAUAGUCUUGAGCAGCAAAUAUCCAAGCUAUUGGAACCCGAGCUUUUACAACGUUUCUUUGAUUUAAAUAAAGUGUAUAUGGAUUCAAAUUCGAAAAACUGUGAAUCGGCAAAAAAUAGGUUUUUAGCAACACUUAAAUCAUGCCCUAUUGCUCUCUUUUUUUCACAAAAAACAAACCAUAACAACGAUUUCACUGGGGGCAUACCAUUACAGCAGCUCGCUUAAAAGAAUACAAUCGAAAAUAAUAAUAAUAAAA